AUGGCGAUGAUCCUAGAUGCCUUCGUCUCUCGAUUGUGUUCGAUGCUAUUAACUUAUGCAAAGGAAGAGGCAGUCAAGAUCUUAGGUGUGCCUGAUGAAAUCAAGAAGCUCCGUAAGAGGUUAGAGAGGAUACAGGAUGUUCUCAAUGAUGCAGAGAAUAGACGGCUUGAGAACAACCAGGCCAUCAACCGUUGGCUGAACGAGCUGCGAGAUCUCAUGUACGAGGCAGACGACAUCAUCGAUGAAUGCCAGAUCGAGGGCGAGAAGCUUCGUAGUUUAAACUCAUCCUCAUCUCGUCGUGCUGAGUCGGUACGUUGUUGCUACCCUCCUAUUGCUUGCUUUCACAAAGUCGGAUUCCGUCAUGAGAUUGGCAAUAGAAUUAGAAAUCUCAACCGUGAGCUUGAACAACUUGCCAAGGACAAAGAUGACCUCCAUCUUACACCUGCUCGUCGUGAAGAUCGCUAUAAGAGUAGGAUAAGCCGCAAGACAUCUUCUAUUGUUGAACCUGAUCUUGUGGGAGAGAAAAUUGAGGAUGAUACGAGGAGGUUGGCGGAUUUGCUGAUAAAGGAAGAUAACAAAAAAAUCCAAGUCUUUGCCAUUGUUGGCAUGGGGGGGAUAGGAAAAACUACUCUUGCUCAGAAGAUAUAUAAUGAUAAGAGGCUUCGGGACAACUUCAACCCAAAGUCACGGAUUUGGUUGUGCGUGUCCCCAGAUUUUUCCGAGUCCGAUUUACUGAGAUCUAUCAUAAAGCAAGCUGGAGGUGAUCCUGCAGAGGCUAAGGAGAAGGAAGUGCUUGAACCCAUGCUUAGCCAAGUCAUCAAGAACAAGUUCUUCCUAGUCUUGGAUGAUGUUUGGGAUGCGCAAGUAUGGGAUGACCUACUAAGAAAGCCCUUGCAGAGUGGUUUGGCAGAUAGUAGAAUCUUGAUAACAACUAGAAACAUAAACAUUGCCAGACAGAUGGGAGCAAGACAAAUCCAUAGGGUGGAGAAGUUGUCUCAAGAGGAUGGUUGGUCAUUAAUAUGCAGGAUGGUAUUUAAGGAAUGUGAGGAAGGAGACAAGCAUGUGUUAAGUGAUGUCGGGAUGAGAAUUGUAGAGAAAUGUGAUGGCCUUCCGCUUGCUCUUCGGACUGUUGGAGGGGUUCUUCGAACUAAGGAGAAAAGGCAUUCAGAAUGGGAUAAAGUUCUCUCUAGUCCAGCAUGGUCAUUUACAAAACUUCCAAAAGAGGAGAUGGGUCCGCUAUACUUGAGCUAUCUAGAUUUACCACCUCUUCUCAAGCAGUGCUUCACUUGCCCUUCAUUAUUUCCCGAGGGCUACCUAAUUCCUCAAGAUCUUUUUGUCAGUUGUUGUAUUGCAGAGGGCUUUGUCACAUCCGAAGACAAUACGCCCUUGGAAGAUGUGGCCGAAGGGUGUUGGAAGGAGUUGGUGCAAAGGAACCUUCUACAGCCAGAUCCUGCAUAUUAUGAUCAAUCAGUUUGCAGGAUGCAUGACCUCCUGCGAUCUCUAGCUCAGCUCAUAACAGGGGAUGAGUGCUUUGUCGGAGAUGCACAAGCAAUUGAAAACAAGAUCACGUCCUCCUCCUCCUCAUUGGCAUCAAUAAAAUUACGCCGUUUAUCGAUUGUAGAUGAAAAAUUAGAAACCAUACCAGACUUUAUAAUGGAACAGACAUCCUUGAGGAACCUGUCAUUCUUCCAUACCCCACUUAUUUGUGAUCUUCCAGAAAAUCUCUUCAAAAAGCUGAGGAGUUUAAGGGUCCUCAACUUACGUGAAACAGCCAUUAACAAUCUCCCAACUUUCUUGGGAGAUCUUGUGCACCUUAGGAGUCUUGAUCUCUCUGAUACUAACAUAAGAGAGAUACCGGAGAGUAUAAGAAAUCUUAGAAAUCUCCAAUUCCUGGCACUCGAGAAUUGUAAAUAUUUGCAUAACCUCCCUCGUGGUGUCGUGGGGUUAAUCAAUCUAAGGAUUCUAGACGUCACGGGUGCACCACUUGAGGGUCUGCCUGUGGGAAUAGGGAGACUGAAACAACUACGUUCACUUUGGGGUUUUGUAGCGAAUGGUUACGAGGGCUGCACCUUAGAGGAGUUGAAAUCCCUCUCCCAGCUCAGGUUUAUUAGCAUGGUCAAAUUGGAGAGGGUAUCAGACAAGGAUGAAGCAGGAGCUGCAGCACUUAAAGCCAAGCCCCAUCUCACAGUUCUAUUUCUGCAUUGCACGCUACCGAGUAGCUCUUCUAAUGUGCAGCAGUCUCGUGCAAAUGAUUACGAGGAGGAAGAUAUCAAAAGAAUAGGGGAGGUCUUCGAGGAGCUCUGCCCACCGCCAUGCCUCGAACAGCUUACAAUCAAUGGCUACUUCGGCCGUGAGUUUCCCAGCUGGAUGAUGACACCCUCCUCGUCAUCACUCCGCAACCUGCGAUGGAUGGAUCUGAAGAAUUGUGCUAUAUGCCAGCAACUUCCACCCUUGGGAAUGCUGCCACAACUAGAUUACCUCUGGAUUGAAGGUGCUUCUGAAGUCACGAGCAUCGGGCCUGAAUUCUUGUUGCUGGCGGACUCUUGCUUCUCCUCCUACUUCCCCAAACUAGAGGCACUUGGAUUUAAAAACAUGACUAAUUGGGAAGAAUGGUGGUGGCGGUUGGAGGAGGAGGACAACCAGACAACAUCAUUGCUACCUUCUCUCAAGGCAUUGAAAAUUGAUGGAUGUCCGAAGUUGAGGUACCUUCCGGAGAGCCUCCUCUGUCAUGCCACCGCCUUGAAGGAGUUAUAUAUUGAUGGUGCCCACAGCCUGAGAGAAAUACAAAACCACCCCUCUCUUACAGAAUUGAUCUUGAUUAGCAACUCGAGGUUGGAGAGAGUGUCCAACUUUCCUAGACUCAAACACCUAGGCGUUUACGAUUGUGAGGAAUUGAAGUUUGUGGAGGGUGUGGAUGCCGUGGAGCACAUACAGCUCCCUGAUCGAGAAGCAGAAAAGUCUCUCCCAGAGUGGUUAGUAGGUGCUGAUGAAGAACAACCACGCUUCUCUUUGCUCCACAAGUUGACUCUCAAAAACAAAAUCUAUCGCCGAGGGCUGCCGGAUUGGCCUCUAAUCUUCUGACACAUUACCCAUGUUGAAGCAAUCAGUUCCUCCUCUGUUUACAUCUGCUUUAGAAAGCAAGAGAUGUGAGAUUACUUGCCAACUCCAUGUGACUCUGCAUCAUUCUCAUCAUUUCAGGACUUUCACCCAAGGACUGCAGCAGUAAGGAAGAAGGGAGGUCCAGGACUGGAUGAUAUGCAUAACAAUGCCUUCCACUGGCUACCGUAUGAUUACUCAUCUUAGUUGCACUGUGAAUUAGAUGACCCGAAAUCAAUCCUUCCCUUUGUUUGGCAUGGGAAAAGCAUGAUAUACAAGCCUUUCUAGGCCCGAGCUGUUGCCUUGGUCCAUUUGGCUUAGUCAGUUGAUGUCUUAAAAUUGCUCGAAGAGAUGCAAAUUGAACGAUCGUUAGGAACAUUUCUUUUACCGAUCCCCAAUAAGACAAUAUUUCAUUAUGUGGUCUAAUAUCUAUGUGAUCUGAAUUUUCUUCUUUUCUUUCACAAGCAGAUUGAUUCUCGGGACAGGAUUGGCACAUUCUCCUUCAAAACCAGUAUCUCUCGUCUUCAACAACUUCAACAGCAAUAAUGACAUGCAAAUAGAAGUUUGAGAGGUAAUUCGCUGUCAGACCCACAAUUAGUGAAAUCUAAGGGGAAAAAAUAGCUCUACUAGUUGCUUGGGAGGGGGGAAAUUUGGUGAUAAUUUAUUCUCAAAAGUAAAAGAUUGCUUGGUGAAAAACAUCCUUCCACCUUUUGAUUUUUUUGAUGUGAAGAGCAUAUGUGAGGACCCAUGCGGGCGUGUGUUUAGUCCCACAUCGGUUAUUCGCUGCGUAGAUCUUGGGUACUUAUACAGGAUCAAGGAUAAUUUUGUAGCAAUAUCUUUCAGCCCGAUCUUAAGCUCUGCUACUUUCGAUUU